UCUGUCUGCACCAGACAGACCAGAGCACUUGAUCAUCACAGUCCGUUUUUGCUUUGCGCUCACAUUACGUUACGAAUGGCUCAUCAUCACAUUCAUGUUCAAGGAGUCAAAUCUAAUCCACUGAUCCUAAACGAUGGUAAUGGCACACCAUAUGCAAUUCAGUGUGCAGCAAUCUGCAUCCAGCAUCUUCCAUUAUUUUGAUCAUCGUGCCGUCGUCGUCACCAUCGGGAAGAACACGAACUCCACUCAGCAGCAGUCUACUGAGGGGAACGGAUCGGAAAGGAAGAUGAGGCUUGUUGGGCGGCGGCGUACAGGAAGCACAGUCAGGGCAGCUGCUAAGCCAUUGGUGGUGCUAUGGGCAGCCUCGGCCAUCUGCUCUGCUCUUGUCGCCGUGCUGCUCGCCUCCAGAUCCUUCUACCUCCAGCUGCAGCAGCAGCAGCAGCAGCAGCAGCCUGACAGUGACACCUCCACUGGGGCGGCGGAAGAGGGCCGGCACCACCACCGGCGCCGGGCGUGCGACGACCACGCCAGGUGGGUGGCCAAGAUGGCGUCCCUGCACAACGCGUCCCUGGUCCUCACCGUCGACCGCAGGGGCUGCGCCAACUUCACCAGCCUGCAGGAGGCCGUCGACGCCGUGCCGGACCGCGCCGCGGCGCGCACGCUGAUCGCCGUCGACGCGGGCGUCUACGCGGAGAAGGUGGUGGUGCGGAGCGCAAAGACGGGCGUCACGGUGCAGGGCCGCGGCAACCUCGCGACCACCGUCGCGUGGAACGGCACCGCCAACUCCAGCGGCGGCACCUUCGCCAGCGCCACCUUCGCCGUCCUCGCCGACGGCUUCGUGGCCUACAACCUCAGCGUCCAGAACACCGCCCGCCCGGCCGACCCCGGCGACGCCGGCGGCCAGGCGGUGGCGCUGCGCGUCUCCGGGGACCAGGCGGCCUUCUACUGGUGCGGCUUCUACGGGUCGCAGGACACGCUGCUGGACGAGCGGGGCCGCCACCUCUUCCGGGAGUGCUACGUCGAGGGCUCCAUCGACUUCAUCUUCGGCGACGCGCGCUCCCUCUACCUCGGCUGCACCAUCAGCUCCGUCGCCGCCGCGGGCGGCGGCGCCGGUGCUGUCACGGGGAGCGUCACGGCGCACGGCCGCGCCUCGCCCGCCGACAGGACGGGCUUCGCGUUCGUGCGCUGCAGCGUCGUGGGCACGGGGCAGGUGUGGCUCGGCAGGCCGUGGGGCGCCUACGCCACCGUCGUCUUCGCCAGGACCUACCUCGCCGGCGUCGUGGCGCCCGGCGGGUGGAACGACUGGAACGACCCCGCCAGGCAGCGGACGGUGUUCUUCGGCGAGUACGACUGCACGGGCCCCGGCGCCAGCGGCGGCGGCGCCGCGCAGAGGGUGGCGUACGCGAGGCAGCUGGACGAACGGCAGGCCGCGCCCUUCAUGGACGCCUCCUACAUCGACGGCAGCCAGUGGGUGGUGCCCCCUCUGCUUCCGACGGAGCAGGGCGACGACGGCAUCAUAUCUGCUGAAUACGGCGCCAAAACCAUGGCCGGCAGCAGCAUGUAAAUGUAUUGUACUGUACUGUACUACCCAAAU